AUGAUUGAACCCACUGAUUUUCAUUCACAGCAGAACUCCCCUUGUGUACGCGAAUUUGAAGAUGACCUCUACGAUAACAAAAAUGGAAACAUUUGCGGUGAGGUACCAUGCUCGCCAGCAUAUGAAAAUAUGGAAAAUCUCAAAACUGCGGCCGACGUGGAAGACGACAUAUCGGCCAGUGACACGCAAAAGGUAGAGAAUAAGGUAACUUGCUGUUUCGCAGAAACAGCCUCGACCGAUGUACCGCUGGAGGAGGUAGCAGAAGCGCCUCUCGAUAUGGCUCCUCCUCUUUCCCAGGCUUGCAAUACCUUGCGAAUUGCCUUAAUAACCAAUAUUCCGCAAGAACUCCACGAAUUACCUUUUACCUCAGAAUCCACGCAUCUGGCGUUGGGACCGCAGGAAGUGGAGAUCGCACAAGCGACAUCAAGCGAGAUACCAAGCGUCUUUGCUGCUGCCCCGGUCGAAUCUAGUGCUUUUGAGGGUCUGCACUUCAGGGAGACAAAAGAAGAGGGCUCCUACAAGGCAUUGGAUAGCGAAGCUCAGACUUCUCAACCAUCGGUCAGUGAUGAAUACCACUCUAUUAUUGAGCCAAGGUCCCUUAUGGAUUCAACCGAGGAGGCACUUUAUAGUUUUACAUCUGAAAGGUCUCCAGAGCAUUCUGUAAUUCAGUGUGAGGAAACACCUCAACUUCGUGCCGAAAUCCCGCUGAAAGAAACAGUAACAUCCAACGAGGAAGAAGAACAAGAAGAAAAAGAGGCCUCUCUAGAGGAGGCUGACGUCAUAAUCAGUGUUCAGGCUACAAAACCCUGCAUGGAAAUGCCGAAAUCCAUAUCAAACUACAUGGACAAUAGGCAGUAUGAGUCUGAAAACAAAGAGAAUUUGGGUGCCACAGAUGAGCAGCAUCAACCUCGCAUAAACGGGCAGGCUAGCGAAGACUUUGAUAAUCGAUAUGCUGAGUUUGUGGGGCGUGUUCUACCGGGCUUCGAAAGGUAUUACUCCAAAAAGCCCAACCAGAUCAACUAUGAGAUUGGGGACAGACCAGGCGUUUUGAGGGAGAUGCAGAAUCGAGAGCUUGCAGCCCUGCCGAUAUCACUGUACGCACCUGUCCAUGGUCAUCAGCGGGCCCAAAAACGACGUUUUCUGGAACCCGAGCCGGCAAUCAAUGAUGACUACCUCUAUCCAGAUGCAGUGACGCCCUCAAAGGUUGAGAAGUCCUUGAGUGCCGUGGAGACGAAUGCGGAAAAUAAGGAGAACCGGUAUGAUGUACCCUUCAUAGACGAUGACGCCUUCCUUCCGCGAAGACUGCGUUCACCGUCACACGCUUCGACAAUCACCGAGGAUGAAACCUCCAGUGAGCUGGGCUACAGUUACGGCUACUACGAGGGGCGCUACACGAAGGCGGGCCAUCUUGCAAACGACGAUGACCUGAAAUCUAAUCAAGGUAAUACACUUCUUUUCGUCAAUCCGUGA